CGGAACUUGUCUUACGUAAACAGUCGGCACAGUUCCGGGUUUUUUUUGGGUAUUCUGCUUUCAAGUCGAGCUUGCCUUUCCCUCCGGUAAACCGACCACCUUCUGGUGUGUUUGCUCUCCUGUUUUUUCUGCGGAGCAGUUCUUGUGCCAACAGUUUACUCCGAAGGAACCAGCAGCCCUUCUGUCAGCAGUUUCCGGUGCGUGUUUGUGACUCUGGCAACGGCGAACAGGAAGACAGACGCUGAGAGACGUCUGAGCUGAGAGAGGAAACUGCUGCGGCUUCUUCGUCUGCCUCAGAAUGACUGAGUUCUGGGUUUGUUUCAGUUGCUGCAUUGCAGAGCAGCCGCAACCAAAACGGCGGCGACGAAUCGACCGCUCCAUGAUCGGGGAGCCAACAAACUUUGUUCACACCACACAUGUAGGCUCGGGAGAUAUGGGCCUUGGAUUGGCAUCAGUAGAUCUUGUUCAGGCUCAGAUGAAGUCUAAAGGAGGCUACACACACGGUGGCUCAGAGGGCUCUCAGUUGUAGUGAGGUGAGCUCUUCAGACUUGUGAAAACUACUGUUGUUUUAUGGAAGAAUAAAAAAAAAAGAAAAGAAAAAGCAGUUCUGUCUGUAACGGACCCAGGACCAAAAAAUGAAACUACUGCUUUUCCAAGAUCUUGUACAUAUUUUUAUUUUCCAUUCCUCCCCUUUUUUUAUGAAAGCACUGCUAUCCAUUUGUUGCCAUAAUGUUGCACUGUAAGGAGCAAAUGUUAAGGAUAGAUUGAGGUGUUUAGAGCUCAUAAUGUCAGUCGGUUGUAUGCUUGUGUGUAUGCAUGAGAAAACAUUUUCAGAAAUAUUUGCUGUUGUAGCCUACUGGAUGCCUGUAAUUUAUUGAUUUGAUUUGUGAACGGACCUCAUGGUGGCUGGGCCACGCUGGAUAUGUACAACGUUCAGUUUCUUCUUCAUUCUCAGAGGUUUAUCAAACGACAGAUUAAAAUUAAGCGACGCAAGAAGGUUCCGAUUUUUAUUCUGAGAACUGCUAUUGCUUUUCUGAGUCGCUUUCAGGGUUGAAGGUUGCUGGUUUUGUAAUAAACUUGAAAACAAGUGGAUACACUGGACUAUACGUUGUACACACACACAUGCUUAGGAAUUUCUCUUUAGUUUCAACCAUUUCUUUUUUAAAUCAUUCAGAUUGAAGCAUAUAGAAUUUUAAUAACCUAUAAACUUCCUCAUCUGCCUUCCUAAGUAAUGUUUAUUUUUUUAAAUGUUAGAAGCGCAUUGCUGCAACAACCAUGCUUGUAGUGUUUUAUAGGGGAAAAAAAUCAUUUAAAAAAAAAAAAGCAUUUUGUUUCCAUCAUUGUGCACAAACUGUAGGCAAAUAAUGAACCUUCGUUCAAACAGACCACAAGUGCAGACUGUUCUCUUUGGUAGGUUAGUGUUGUAGCCAUCGACAGAUUUAAUGUAAGUUGUUCAUCCGGUUAAAUGUAACUGAUUGUAUCUUUCACCAGCACACCAAGAAAUCCCAGCUUAUGUGACUGGUAAUCCCUGUUUUAGUUUGGCGUAAUACUGUCCCCAUGAAGGUCUUGGAACGUCUUACGUGGAACUGAGCUCACGCGUCUCUUAAAGUUGUCAUAUGUUUGUCUUUAGUUGUUUUAGUUUCUCAUGUAGACUUUAAUAAGUUUUCAUUAUUACAAGAAAGUAUUAUUCUCUUACCAUGUAGGCACAAAUUCUCUCCCACUGCUGUAGUUUUCCUUUCUCUCUGAAGGGUUUGCCUUUUCCACAAGCACACAAACUUUCCUUUAAAGGGGAAAAGUAAACAAAUGCAGCUAUUGUCUGACUCUGCUGGUUGUUCAGUGAUCAGGGUGGAUUUUACAUCUUUUGUCUAACUUUUUUUUUUCUCACUUGAGAUUGACCUUUUUGUUAUUUCCAUAUCAAGAAAAUGAAAUCAGAAAUAAUAAAAAAAAUAUGUAAAAAUCAAGGAGGCUUUAAUUUUGUAGACAUCGUCGCAUUUUGUUAAUCCUAUGAUUGAAUGUAUUAGGUGCAGCAUGCUAAAAGGUACAAAAGAACUAAAAUUUUAACGUUGGUACCAGCCAUUAGAAAAUGCAGUGUAAUUGUAAAUGCAGCCUUAACUUUUCUCUUUUGGACUUAUUUUAUGACAGAUUUAAUGAAAUUAAGUCAAGUCAGGUUUAGGAAAUACUAUUUUGACACAUCAGCCUGUUUUCUUUGUAUUGUCUGUGUAGUGAUUCUCUGUAAAACAGACUUUUAUGUAAACAUUUUUUUAUCCACAAAAAUCUUAAACAUGAAGUAGUCGAACUGGCAUUUGCAGUACGUUUGUGUGACCAGCAGGCUGUGCUAGUGGACUGCUUGAAUGUGACAAAAUAGAUCAAUCGUUUUGGGAUAUCUUUCAUGACUCAUGAUGAUGCUGUACAUAAAAUAAGUGAUGUAUAAAAGUGAUGACUCCGUGAUAUAUAUGUAUUCAAAUUCAUGCCUAUUUUCUUUUCUGUAAGCUGUUACAGGGAAUGCAGAGUUGGCACAAUGUUUUUCUUUUUCUCAGGACUUAACUUCAUGUAGUUCCCACUUUAAAGGGAUGUUCAACUGUUUGUUUGUUUUUUUUUCCUUUUCUGGGCAAAUAAAUGUUAUAUGUUGUCGCACCAA